AUGUCCUAUUACUAUUCUUCUUACCACCCAUACAAGGCACCUUUAGAGCCACCAAGAAGAAGAUGGGGAUUAAGACGCACCUCGAAUUCGUUGAAACCUUCUCACUGGCAAGCUCGUCCCUCGAUCUCGGCCGCUUUAUUCUACCACACUCCAAGAACGCACACAAGUCGCUCCUAUUAUCACGCCCCACCCGAAUCGACCCGCCACCACCACCACCGAUCCCGCCUUACCGACCUCCCGAAUGAACUCAAACUUAACAUCAUAGAAGUCCUCGACCCUGUCUCAUCCGCAUGUCUCGGCGUAUCUUCUCGGAAGAUGUAUCCGUUACAUCGCUCGGUGCACAAGAAAGUCGGACUUUACGAUCAGAAUGUUGACAGUCGAGUGCCAUUGGCGUUUAAGUUGAAGAAUUGGGUGCCGAAGGAUUAUGCGUUGGAUUGGCAGAGCGAGAAGUUUGUCAAGAGGGAGAGGCUGGCGGCGUUGGAGAAGGAGCGGAAGAGGGAGAGGGAGUCGUACUGGGACGAGAGGAGGCGACUGUGGGUUUGGGAUGUUGAUUAUGAGGAUAGGGAUCGUGGUGAGAGGAGGCAUAGAAGGCGGAGACAUUGA